AAACACGAAGCCGUGUGAUUAGAAAACAGCUGCAUUUGCAAUCAAUAUUCAACAUUUUAUUGAUAAAAAAGUGUUUUUCAUAAAUUUGUUAAAAAAAAUUACAACCAUGCAGGAGCAAACUCAAGUGCCGCCAGAUCUUAUACCAAAUCCACCACCUGUCCAACCCAUCCCAGAAUCGAUAGUGUCGGAAUUCGAUCUGAUGGACCACAUUUGUCGCGAUCAGACGGUCUUCUUCAAGAGUCAGCAAAUCAACGACCCCGAACUGACGUACGACGAAAAGAAGCAAAUCCUCAAGCAGGUUCUAGAUAAAAGUCACACCACGUUCCUUGCCCGCUUCGGUAGCUUCAUCAAGGAGGAUCACCUGCGCUUCUUCGAACAGGAAACUCAAACCAGCUGUUACAGCCCGGACGAGCGGUACGAGGUGGGGUACUAUUUGGACAAGAUUAGGAAGUCGCAUCACGGCGGCAGAGAACAGGAAGUUCGAAACAGGCGAUAUGCCGCUUUGAAGCAAAUGGUCCAGGAGGGAAACUAUUUCAGCGAAACGGAGAUGAUGCAACGGGAACCGCUGUUGUAUGACCAACUGGUGGGACAGUAUUUGACCGAACAGGAGAAGAAAGUGCGGGACGCCGCCAUGAGCAAAAAUGACAGCCUGGUGGCGAUAUUGUUCAGCGGAAUUGACAAAGAGAACGCUGAAUCGUUGAAAAAGGAACAGGAGAGCGAGGAACGACAGCAGGAUUUGGCUGUGGAUGACGAUGAGGACAGUUUCAAAGAGAAACCACCGGACUCGCCGGGAUUCUCCACAGCCCAGUGGGGAAACUUCGAUUUGGAGGAAGAGGAACGACAGCAGAACAUCCAGCGGGAGCAGGAAGCCAAGCGCCGAAACAAGAAAUUUUCCACCCCAGUAAACUUGUUAACAGCCGGCGAACGGGAUUUGCUUCGGGACGAGUUCCUCGGUACGAUGUAUUCUAGGUUCAUAUCCGGGGAAGAUGGCGAAUUUGAUUACUCCAAAAUCGACGAAAGCGUGGAGUACGACAAUUUGGAUAUUUUAGAACAGGACGAACAGGAGCGGUAUUUCGAUACAGAAGAUGCGGAUGGUGAGCUGGAGAGCGGUUUUGAGGAGCAAAAUGGGUCGAUGCAGCAAGAUGAAAUCAGCGAAGAAGAAGACGAUCUGGAUGUCUAUAUGAGACAUUUGAAUCAGCAUUUGGAAAAUCAAAAGAAUAUGCAACAAAUAAGCAGUCAAAUGAGAGAAAUCAACUGUGAAUAUGAAACUGAAGAGGAUGAAUAAAGAUACUGUAAUACUUAAAACUCAUCCCUAUCAGGGCUGUUUGCAGAUCAAA